UCAACGAAAGAUUGUGCUACCUGCAGCGCAACCGACCAUGUUUGAUUUCUUUUAUCAUCAACCCGUUUUUCAGGAAAGGAUGGAUUCGAAAGCUUCGAAGCAGCUGCCACACAAAGAGCGGGUUAAGGAGCGAAACAAGCGGAGAAUUCAGAUUGAUACUAGCAAACCUACUGAGAUACCGAAUAAAAGUUCAACCGACAACAUGGCUUCUCGAUCAAUUCAUGAUCAGAACGUCCGAGCAGAACUACUUUCGAGUAAGCGUGAUCUCGAGAAAAAUCAAAGGCGUUCUCGAACAGGAAAGGGCCGAGGCAUGCCAAAGAAAGGAGGUGCUGGAGGUAAAGGUACUUGGGGUAAGCCCGGAGGAGCUAUGGACCUUUGCGAGGAAUCGUCUGUUGACAAAAAUGAUCCAAAUUAUGACAGCGAAAACGAAGGCAAGGAUGUAAAAAUUGUAGGAAUCGAGGUCAUGCUGUCCGCAGAGGAAGCAAAACCGCUCAUAAAGGAUAUCAUAGUGGAAUAUUUUGAACACGGUGAUACAGAUGAUGUCGCAGAUUCAGCAUCAGAGAUGAACAUAGUUGGUACUAUGUAUUACUUGUUUGCGAAGGAAGCCCUUUACCUCGCAUUUGAUACAACCUCAAACUCCAAAUUGGAGGCUGUAUCAGUUCUCAUAUCAGAUUUGUACGGAUAUCACGUACUUUUAGACAAAGACAUUGAACAGGUGUUUAACGAGUUUUUAGCUGAACUUGAUGAUAUUAGUCUGGACUGCCCUGAAGCGCAGUCAAUGCUGGGCAAGUUCAUGGCCAGAUGCGUAGCUGAUGAUUGUCUGGCCCCUAAGUUUGUUAACCAACACGCAGAUGAAAAUCUUUCAGCGAAAGCGAAAGAGGCAUUGCAUAUUGCCCAUGGCUUGAUUACAAUGAAACACGGGUUAGUACGUUUGGACAGCAUCUGGAAUGCUGUUGAUCGUAAACCAGUGAAACACUUGGUAAAGAAAAUCAAGACCAUGAUUGUAGAAUAUCAAGAUUCGUACGACUUUGACAACGUGACUUAUUUGUUGCAUGAGCUGGGAAUUCCACAUUUCCACCACGAGAUUGUGUAUGAAAUCAUUGUCAAGUGCCUGGAAGAAAACUCAAUUGUCAGCGCGACAUCAUGUGCUAUAUUUUCGAAACAAAAUGCAACAAUUGAAGCGAAUUUUAAGCUUCUAGGGGAGCUUACAAAUUCCAAUCUAGUUACAUUGACCCAAUUUGAAAGUGGGUUGAAGCGAGUUUUUGAAGAAAUUGUUGACUUGGCCAUUGAUAUCCCUGGCGCAUUUAAGUCUCUCGAGGCGUUUUGUGAAAGAUGCAAAAAUGAAUUGUCAAUUUUGGAUCCAGUAUUGUACAAUCAGUUGAAAGCAGACGCAGAAAAGGCUUUCAAAGAUCAAGAGUUGCCAAGUUUGUUGAAAGAGACAAGAAUCGGAGGUGCUGAUUCCGGUGCUGGCGAUAAGUGAAAAGCUCUAAUUUGUGUAAAAAAACUCUGAAAACUUGCUACUUAACAAAAAAUUUUAAAAGUGUAGUUAUCUGUCGAUUGACAAUGAAACAAAACAUGUUAAAUGCUAAUUUGAAAGGUGUAACAAGUUUACAAAAAAAUCAUUCAUUGGAGUUUUUUUGUUGUAAGUAGCAAAAUGUACCUCUAAAUGUAUAUCUCAAGUGCCUGUAAAUUUGUGAUCGAAAGCGAACAAGUAAAAUUCUUGUCAGCUCAGUAUUGCUUCAUCGUGAUAAAAACUAGGCUUAUUUUAAGCGAACCGACUUUGCGUAUGUUCCUACCUCUGUUGUUGCUGAACUGCUAUAUUGCUUCCUGUCUAAUGUGUCCACUAGAUGUAUAGAUUAGUUGUGAUGUCAACGGGGUCUACUUUCAUGGCAGAAGAACCAAAAGCCGAAAAAUUUCAGCCGAUUAAGUAUCUUUAAACUGAUUUAAAUUCUGACUGCUUUGAUACUUCUUCGCUCAUAUUUGCGACAGUUGGAUUCUGAUUGGCUAAUAUAUUUUUGUCUUUCGCCCUCUUGCCAUAAAGGAUUCUCCCACGCUGAACGGGGUGAUUUAAUAUAAUAUGUGACACUUUUUAAUAUGCUGAACUGUUAACUCUCUCUAUUUCUUUAUCACAGCCUAUCUCGUAUAACUAGAAGAAUAGAAGUAUAUUUUCAUUUUAA